AUGAAGCAGUCGCUGCUGCAGUACGCUGAGCAAUCCCACCUGGAGAGGGAAGGUAAUUCCCCGCCACUGCUACGCACUGUGUCGCGCCCCGCAUCGCACUGCCCGCUGUUUGACGUGAAGAUGGAAACAGAACACGCAUGGCCUUCCUCCAACUUGCUUAACGGUGGUGGCCGCUAUCGAGCUCAAUACCACAAUGGCGCCCAUCUUGUAAUGAGCGACAAUCGCCUACUUGUCGUUCACGAUGAUGGGUACUUUUACUGUCCUCCGUGGGGGAGCCCCAUUCACGACGCGUGCAUCCAAAAACAGGGACCAGGCAAGCACUCUGUUUUGGUGGUUGGCCUCACAACUGGAGUCUACUUGGCCUUGAUAGGGGAGACGUCGCCUGUUCAAAUUGUGGACGACACCUUUGUCACAACCCGUCAUCCAGUGGAAAAAGUUGUUUUUUUGCGGGAUGACGAGGUGGCACUUUGUUACGGGAAUGCCGAUGUGAAAACCUAUCAGUUUGUCUUGGAGGAAAUGAAAAGGAUUGACCUGAUCCCAUCCCGCAGACAGAACUCGUUACGGAUUUUGGAGGCUGUGACUUCCAUCUGGAGUACGAGACGGUACCGCGAAAGUGCCUACGAUGCCAGCAGUGGGAGACUGUUUGUUUUAUCAAACACCGAUCUCACGAUGUGGGCCCACACGGCGACUGGUGUCUUCUCUGCGGUUUGUUCCGUGGCAGUACCAAAGAAUGCAGUGACGGUGCUUCCAAGUUUUAAACAGGUGCACCGCCACGCGACACUUGUCCUAGCCGACGGAGGGCGACAACCUGUGCUGCUCGAGGGGGUAACCACAACAGCGUCUAGUGAUUCCAGACCUGUGAUGCGCCUGGGUUCUGUGCGUCCUCUGCCACAGGAUGUGCGUGUCGACAGUGUCCAGUUAGCAUGUCAAGACUCUGGUGGCACCACGCUGCUCUACGACUCUCGGACGUGUACGCUGGUGAUGGUGACUAUUGGUUCCCCUAUCUACGAGAGUGUUUAUGACGAAGUGGAGGUCGUGUCAACGCUUCGACUGAGCGCUGCGGCGUUGGGUGUUUCGUGCGUCAGCGAUCCAGAAGAGCCUCGUGCAAGAUUUGUUGUGUACGGUAAAAGCGGCAUUCUCUGCGGCAUUGCUGUACGCACUCUCGGUUUCAUGGUGGCAAACAUUGUGCAGCAGCAGCAGCAGCAAGGCCAGAGCGAUGUUGCCCUCACUUCGCUUCCCCGUUUGGGGUCGCGGAGAGAAAUGGAGGCCAUUGCGGUUGCAGCCUUCGCUGGUGCCGCGGUGAAAUCUCUGACACCGCUUCUAGACGAGUUGUUGCGGCCAUCGUUAAGCGGCAGCAGUAUGCGUUUGUCGGCCGGUGCGCAGAGCCUCAUUUGCCUUGUCUGUCGCGAGAUUGCCGUGGCACAGGGAUUCUGGUCUGCUCCAUUCUCGUGGCGCCUGACACAAGACCUGGAACGCGUCGCUGAACACCUGAAGAAGUGGCACCGCGCGUUGGAGGAACUACUUCGCCCCCACGGCUGGUUAGACUCCCCAAAGCAGAUGGAGUUGUCAUGGAACGCCCUCGUCGCCACCGCUCCACAUCCAUUCACCAUGCGGGGUGCCCUCAACGUGCAGGCCGCACUUCUUGAAACGGUCUUGCAGGGAUUGCGUAGCGCAGGUGUACUCUGUUGGCUCUACGCCCUGCUGCUGCGCGUCAAGUCGGUCUCUACUAAUACUACCACUUAUACUACUACUGCAGAGAGCCAGGGGAGGCUGGAACUCUUGGUCUGGGGUGAAAACACAGAAACGACCAUCACAGACCUAUGCAUGAAGGCACUUGCGUCAAAUGACAGCACUAUUCUGACCCACCUCAAGGAACAAAAAGACGCACUUACAAUGCGGGCACGCCACGCCAUAAGCAUUCACUCAUUCAUUUCGGCAAACCAGCCUGAAGCAGCGUUGACGUACGCAUCUGACAACAUUAAGUCGCUCCAUCAUGAACAAGUUAUGGACUACGUGGUCGACAAGCUUGAAGGCGCGUUCCCUGACCGUAUGCCGCGCCUGCUGUUGCUGUUAUGCUGGCUGAAGCAUAGCCGAAGUGCUCUGGAGGACCUCCUAGGGUUGCUGGACCGAUGCCUCGUGAACGAACCCACGGAGAUGCUUAAACGGCGUCUUGGGGCCGUAAUGCAGGCUGUGGCGGAAGACGCUGCGCUACAGAACGCUGUGGUGCAAUGGAUGGUGAACCAUCCCUUCGAGGAUAGCCACAUCAUGAUGCUUGCAGAGGUACUGGAGGAGCAUGCCGUCGUCAUUAAUGAACCGCGCACGCUCACCGCCCUGUUUUUCAUCUGCUGGGGCAACCGUGUGCGGCAUCCUGCCGUCGCUGCGCGCGGUUUUGGCGACAUGGCGAGAAGCAAACUGCGAUUGUCGCUCUCUUCGCGGAUCCUGUGCAUUAAGUUGGCAUUAGAAUAUGGUCCAACAACAUCUGAGCAGCUGGCCUACUUUGUUUUGCUGCUCCAGGAGGAGUUGGCGGAUGCGAUCGAGGCUCUUUGGCAGAAUAACACCAUCAGUGGCGGCAGGUGCAGUGGCGACGCUGCGCCGCUUGACGGAUUGCAAAAACAGAGAGCAGAGGCAGAUGUAGACGAGCUGCGCCAUUUCUACGUGGAGGAGCGGCGGCUCUUUGAGCUGGCGGGGCACUACAAGGGCCAGGGUGGCGCCAAGGUGCAGCUGGACCUGCUUAAGGUUCACCCAGAGACCCCGGAGAAGGUGACGGCAGAGGUUCUACAAGACCUGUUGGAGUUCCUCGUCAGCGUGGGCGGUAUGGGCGUCACCGAUGCGGUACGUAACGUGGUGCGCGAGUACUACGACGGGUACGCCGCGGGUCUGCCGGUGUCGCCCUUCGUGAUUUUUCUCGCCCACCACGGGGAGGGGGCUGAAAACAUCGCCACACUCCUGCAAGCAAGCGGUGUGCCACCGUACGCGGUCUUUGACACAUUCCUCUGCUUCUUCGACGAGCGACGCGAGGGUGCAACAUUCAGCAAGGGUGCAGUGGCGACGACCCUCGCGACGACGGUGGAAAAGUUGUCGGGUGAGAGCCGUGGACUCUGCGCCGCAUACCUACUGGAGCGCAUUCACAACCUGCUGGCUGGCGAUCCCCGUGCCACACUACUGCAGCUGCGCGAGAGCGAUGUGGAGCAGCUGCAGCGCGCGGAGGCGAUGCUGCGCAGGUCGUUCUCCAUUUCUCCAUGCGCGUGA